AAAUCCAUCCGGCUCCUGUGACGCUCUCUCACAGCCUUCGGAGAGUCUCGACGGGAGGAACCAUGGCGCUCGGUGUUUUGUGCAUCAUAACAGCCUUUUUUGGUUUAGUUCAUUUAACUCCGUUCGUGUUACUCGAAGAGGAAUAUCAAUUCAAACAGUGGAUGUCACAGUACAACAACAUUUAUGAUAACGAGGAGUAUUACCACCGGCUUCGCACAUUCACGGAAAAUAAGAGGAAAAUUGAUCGUCACAAUGCUGGAAAUCACUCCUUCACAAUGGGCUUGAAUCAGUUCUCUGGCAUGACAUUUGAGGAAUUCAGGAAAUCCUUUCUCUUGACCGAGCCUCAGAACUGCUCUGCUACCGAUGGGGCUCAUCACAGCAGCGCCGGUCCUCAACCCGAGUCCGUUGACUGGAGGGAGAGGGGCAACAUUGUGACUCCCGUGAAGAACCAGGGUCCGUGUGGAAGCUGCUGGACCUUCUCUACCACUGGCUGUUUGGAGUCAGUGAACGCUAUUGCUUCCGGGAAGUUAAUAUCUCUGUCCGAGCAGCAGCUGAUAGAUUGUGCCCAAGACUUCAACAAUCAUGGCUGCAUGGGAGGGCUCCCCAGCCAGGCAUUUGAGUACAUCAAAUACAACAAUGGCCUCAUGACAGAGGAGGACUAUCCCUACAAAGGACAUGAUGACACUUGCCAGUUCGAGUCUUCCCUCGCAGCUGCUUUUGUCCUGGAUGUUGUCAACAUAACAAGCUAUGAUGAAAAGGCCAUGGUUGAUGCUGUGGCCCGGCUCAACCCCGUGUCCUUUGCCUUUGAGGUCACUGCUGAUUUUAUGCACUACAAAGAAGGUGUUUACACCAGCACCGAGUGUAAGGACACGGCGGAUAAGGUGAAUCACGCGGUCCUGGCUGUCGGUUAUGGUGCCGAAGACAACGGCACGCCGUAUUGGAUCGUGAAGAACUCGUGGGGCACCAGCUGGGGAGUGAACGGAUAUUUCAUGAUCGAGCGAGGAAGAAACAUGUGCGGACUGGCUGCAUGCGCUUCCUACCCUCUACCUGUAGUUUGAGGACUGACAUGGAAGACAGGAAAAUGUAAACCAAGACAACACACUUUCCUGCUUUUAUGCUGUUUUAAGUUUGAUUUCUCAACAUAAGGUACACGCCAAUCAAUUUUACUUAAUAUAUUCAUUAUGAAGAUGCAUUUUAUUGUUUAAAGUUUGCCUGUGAGGAUGGUUGUACCACGUCAGGCUGUUUUCAAGGAACAGAGGUGGGGGGAAAAGAAGGAGUAGCCACUUUACCAAUACUUCACAUAAUCCUGUGACAUUCAUGGUGCAAAGAAAAUUCCUAUAGAUCGAUUAUAUUCUGUUAUCACACAUCUUACGUGGGCCAUUGCCUCCAUUCUUUGGUGAAAGAGUUCUUAUGGCUCCAUGAAGACACAAUCUUGUGUAUGAAAAUCUCAGAACUUUUUUAAAGAAGAUCUUUUCUGACCUGAUUAAAUACAUUUAAAGACAAUCAUACCCAAAAGGUACAGAGUCAGCUCAGAUGGGGAGCUUGUUUUUUCCAUUACUACUUGUUGUUAUAUUAAACAAUUAUCCACCUUCUGCUAUACUACUUCCUUUAUUAUUGGUGACGUCUGUGUUUGUUUGUUUUUAUAUUAAACACUUUUCCACUUUCUGCUAUA